AACUCUUACAACUUUAGCCCUAACCCUCACAACUUUAGCUCCAAACCUCACAACUGUAGUCCUAACCCUCACAGCCAAGCCUAAGAAGAUUGUUAGAUUUUGAUAUUAUGCAACAUCAGCAGGCUUGAAUUACGACUAGCUCAAACCCUAUCAAGAAAAUCCUGGCCACGGUCUUGGUUCACAAGCAAGCUUUGUAAGCAUACAAGUGACAGUCGCUCCGCAAAAGUACUCCUACGCCCGCUGAUGGAGAAGAGAAAACCAGCGAAUUAAAUGAAUAUGCAGAUGUCAAUAUACACGAUUUCUUGAAAAAAUUAUUUGAUUUUCAUUCCUAGUGCUAUGCAAUGCCAUAAAUUGAUGAGCUACAGAACGUCUUCUAACGACCUUGCGCACGUGAUCUUUAUCCUGGUACUAUCGUACUUGAAAGUUGGGAAUUGUUGGGACACAUUAAAGUUCAAGAUGUUGUCAGUAAUGCGUCGCAGAGCGGUUAUCUUUACAAUUUUUUGGAGUUUCCUCGUCAUGACCAUUUCUGCACAGGCCGAAGAAAGCUGCCCGUCUACGGAAGACGGAGAUACUACUUUUCAACAUUUUUCUGAUUAUUCCUGUUUGGGACAGUGCACGCUGGGCGUCGAGCACGAGCAGGAUCACGUUUGUGAGACCAACAUGUGCUCAGAAGGCAUCUUGAUCCCGAUUGUUUACAAAAACGGCAUGUUCUGCGUCCGAGGCGGACAGGCCGUGAUCGAUCCUACUGUUGUGACAACGCACUGCGAAAUCGUUCCCGUGAUUGACAAGACGACGGAACUGCAGUGGAAAAUCGCAGUCAGCACGGGCAGCCUCUGCAAGGCCAUAUGCUACAAUACAGCUGCAUUACUGACAUCACCUUCUGCGUUCAACGUUGCUAGUUAUGAUGUUUCAAGCACUGAUGAAGGAGAUGGCAACAAUCUGCACGUGUUGCACAUACCAGUCGAGGCGGCAUAUUGUGUGCUGGAAGGUAGCGAGCUAACAGGGGACAAUGAAAACCCUGGGUCAGAAUCGGGAGAAUGCAAUUUGAAAUAUGUCCUAUCAGAAACAACACAUAAAGAGAUACCGGAAGUAUUGGCGAGGGUCACUCCACUCGACGAGGCAGUUGAACACUGUGGAGUAUCAUGCAUGCUCAUAAAAUCAACUGUAAUAUUGAAAUAUAUGCAGACGUUUACUGAUUGUGGGAGAAUUAAGACUUUUGAAGACUGUCCAUAUUGUUCUCUCGACCAAUGGAGAGUAGUGCUACCUGUGUCUGAUGGCAGCAAUGAUAUUGCACCAAAAUGUGUUUUGACUAGAGACAGUGACAAUUUCUGGACGUUGGAAAUUGAUGGUGAACCAGAUGUGGAAUGUUCUGUUCAAUGCUCUUGCCACAGUCAGAGCAAUAGUCACAACAAGAGGAAUGCUAGUGUAAACACUACAACUUGAAUGACAAUGUAUUUACAUAUUGGUCAUUUUGUAUACUGUGAAAAGUAAAAAUAAUAUAAAUCAUGAUGAUUGAUGAUUGAUGGUCACACUUUCGAAUGUGUUGAAAAUAGCAUUUGUAAUUCUCUAUGCAGUGCAAAACACAGUAGCAGAGCAUUAUGUUAGCUAUUUGUGUAUCAAAAUCAAUAAUUGACUUGUUUU